AUGGCAGCCACUGGAUUUUCUGACGGAUUCAUGUUAGACGAUGGGGAAAUUUCUUCUGUGGAAUUAGAAGUCUUUGACAAUUUAGCUAGAAGAGCUUUCUGUUUCCCAGACAACAACGCCCAGUUUCCAGUUUUAGAUUUUACUCAAUCACCGCUUUCCUAUCCUUGUCAAACAUCAUAUUCCUCGCAAUCCCUUUCUUCUCCUGAUAAUAUUGAGAUCUCUUCUUUCCCUGCAGAGAAAUCUGUAGGAUAUGAAGGCUGUGAGUUUUUUGACCACCACGAAUCGGGAUCAGAGUCACAUAGUUCUAGUAACUUUAAGAGACUAAGAAGUGGUGAUGAAGACGGGAUAUAUGAGUUCCAGAGCAAACGCAUGAAAAAUGUUGACGAGAAAUCAAGCCAGACGCAGAAAGUUAUAAUUCAAGUGAAAAGUGAAGAAAUUUUGGACGACGGAUACAAAUGGCGAAAGUAUGGAGAGAAAUCGAUGGACAAUUGCAGUAUGCCAAGGUGUUAUUAUAAAUGCUCAGACAAGAAAUGCAGUGUGAAGAAAAGGGUGGAGCGAAAGCCUUUUGACGAUGAAACUCUGGUUAUAACUUACGAAGGAAUUCACCACCAUCCGUGCCCUAAUCCUGUGUACUAUGUUCAUGUUGAGAGACGAGUUUACAUACCCAUGUGUGAUACAACGAAUAACAACUGA